UGUUAUGGUUGCGAUAGUUGAUGAAAGAGUCUCGUUGUAAGUAAAAAAAAUUGAUGAGAGAGUUGUCGGGUAGUUUUAAUCAAUUCUGGACGGAGCUGCUCACACAUGAAUAAAAAAUGACCGCGCACACCACCCAUUGUCCGAGCGCAGGAUCGAAUGUAGAAAGUGUUCUGCGGUCAGUCAGUUCACCCUCGGUCAGUUUCAAGUUCGCCGUCGAUGGUGACUAGCAUAUGCAAAAAAAUCCGCAAGUUGUUUUUUCACAAUGAUUGCGCCCAAGGAGGUUUUAUUUUCCAAGUCUCCAAGACAAUUCACGACAAUCUCGCAAAAAAUAAACUAUCCAUUUGAUUUGCCAACUACCCCAGCAGCAGCUAUUUCUAAUGGAAAAAAUGGACAUGAAUUUGUUGAUUUAAAAACUAAAUUAAAUUGGCUUCACGGCAGGUUUAAAAGAAGAACAAAGAGAGAGCGGCGAUUUCUUGUAGCAAUUUUUAUUCUCAGCCUGCUGAGUCUCAUUCUCUUUAUUCUGACAGUCGUUUUUGCGAUGAAAAGUGGUUAUGACGAUUCAAAAGUGUGCCGAUCAAACAGCUGCAUUGCCUCUGCUGCUAUGCUUCUUCAAAAUAUGGAUAGCAGUGCAGACCCUUGCGUAGACUUUUAUAAAUUUGCGUGCGGAAACUUUCCUCUGAACCAUCCUAUUCCUGAUUCUGACCAAAGCUCUGAUUGGUUUCUGGACCGCAAACUCAGCGUCAAACGCGAAAUUAGAGAUGCUUUGAUGUUCAAAAAAAGUUCCCCUUUUGAACCUCUGCCAGUGCGACAACUGAGGGGACUUUUUUCCGACUGCCUUGAUACAGACUCUUUGGAACAAAAAGGCGUGCAACCUUUACGCAACCUGCUUCGCAAAGUGGAGCUUUCCUUGCAGCCGAGUUUGUUGGAUUCUGGAGCAACGGCAGUGCCAAAUCCCAGGUUUAACUGGCACCGAUCUGCAGCACUGGGCAAAAGGUUGGCCGCCGUCGAUCUGCUUUUUGGAGUUUCCAUUUAUCCCGACCCGUUGAACAACAGCAAAAACCUUCUGGGGAUUGUUCCGCCAAACUGGCAAAGUCCUUUGCACGGAAAUUGGAAAUCAAACAGCCUAUGGGCUUCGAGAAAGUAUUACGAGAAGGUCGAGUCACUUCACCGCCCAAAAAGAUCGAUCACGCCACAAAAGCAGCAAGUACAGCAACGAGAGGUUCAGUUGCGCCAGGAUUACAUGAAGAACAUUAUUGAAAACCUUAUGGCAGCGGGAAUUUCCAAAGGGCCUGAGUACGGCCGAGUAAGGACUGCAAGGUAUGCAGACCUGAAACUGGAUCCAAUGCCGAAUCCCAGGUCAGGCACGCCGGAAGCACAGGAGGUGGAGGAUUUUGCGCCUGUUACCUAUGCCGUUAGGCAAAUGUACCAAUUUGAAGGACAGCUCUAUGCUGCAAAUAAUGGCAGUGGCGCGGAUACUGAUUAUCAAAUGCUUACGAUUGACGCACUCCAGGAUUUGACAGAUCGGAUCAUGGGACCGAGAUCAAAUAUCACAUUUGAUUGGAGAAAUUACUUUCAAGUGUUGUUUGAAGGGACGAAUGUAGCUUUGACCCAAGCAGAUUUAAUGCAAGUUUACAUGCCGUACAUAGUAAAUUUGGCAUCAAUUUUAUCUCAAACUCAGAGUACAACCAUAGAGGCUCUUAUGUGGUGGUUAAUAGUGGACGCAAGCUCUGUCCACUUGACGCGGCAGUUGCGGCAAAUAAAGCUUGCGUACGUUGAAGACGUCACUUAUGGCCAAACUGCUCUUUCCAGGUCGAUGUUUUGUGCUGGAUUGUCUAACAAAAUGAUGGGUAUAGCUGUGAGUUAUCUCUUCACCACUCCAGCCUACGUUCGAGCCGCUCGGGAAAAAAUUGGAAUAAUGGUCGAGGACAUUCGGUCUUCUUUCAUCGAAAGAGUUAAUGAACUAGACUGGAUGGACGAUGAAACUCGCAAAGCAACCCUAUCCAAAGUGUCGGCCAUGAAGGUCAAUAUAGCGUUUCCCGACUUUCUGCUCAAGGAAGGAGGAAUUGAGGAGUAUUACGGAGGGCUGGAGUUUGAGGAGGGACAGUUUUUCAACAAUCUCCUGGCCGUCGUGCAACUGCAGACUCGGAAAAUGCUCGCCAGCCUACCGGUCAUCAACGAACGUGACGUAUGGGCCUCAGACCCAACUGACGUGAACGCCUAUCACACGUUUCAGGCAAACACCAUAACGGUGCCAGCUGGGAUUCUCCAAUUUCCUUUCUUCAAUUUAGGAAUGGAUUUGCUCGAUUACGGCGCCAUUGGAUCUAUACUUGGCCAUGAAUUUACACACGGUUUUGACAACAUAGGUCGGUUGUAUGAUGAAAAGGGAAAUUUCAGGCCGUGGUGGACAAAUGCCACACUGGCUGAAUAUGAAAAACGGACCGCGUGUUUUGUUGAGCAGUACGGCAAGUUUCGAAUACCUGAACUGCACGCCAACGUCAAUGGAAUGUUGACGCUGAGUGAAAAUAUUGCCGACAACGGUGGGAUUAGAUUUUCCGUCCGAGCCUACCAGAAACUGCGAGAAAGGAGCUCUGGUGAUUUGCAAGAACGCCUUCCAGGGCUGGAGUUCAUGUCUCCAGAACAGUUACACCACUUGUCAUUUACUAAUUUGUGGUGCGACCAAGCAAGUUUCCUAGCAAUGAAGUGGUCCUUGAAUGAAGCCCACGCGCCCAAUAGGGCAAGAAUCUGGGGUACUCUAGGCAACUCGAAGCACUUUUCUGAAGUGUGGCAGUGCCCAGCACACUCUGCAAUGAAUCCCUCUAGCAAGUGUGACCUGUGGUGAAAAAGCCAAACCGAUGAAGUUUUAGAAACCAGCAUAUUAGACAAAGAUCUUUAUAAUUAUUGGUGCCAAUUUCCUGACUGU